UUCGCGCAGAUGGCGGACACCGACACUGGGUGGCAUACGGCAGGGGCAAGAAUUUUUUUACAGUUAGUUUUACGGUCGGUUUUGUUGGUUUUCUCGACAGUUUUUUCAGUGAGUCGGAGGAUUACUUUGGUGAUAGGUGUGGGUCUUCGGGUGGAGUUACAAUGCUCAAAAAUACUGGAAAACUUGCUGGCAAAACCUUAUUUAUUACCGGAGCAUCUAGAGGAAUUGGCAAGAGUAUAGCGUUGAAAGCAGCCCAAGAUGGAGCAAACAUUGUCAUAUGUGCCAAGACAGCGGAGCCCCAUCCAAAAUUACCAGGCACAAUUUACACAGCAGCGAAAGAAGUGGAAGAGGCAGGGGGAAAGGCGCUGCCGUGCACCGUAGACGUACGUGACGAAGCCCAAGUGAAUGCUGCUGUGUCAGAAGCGAUUAAAAAAUUCGGUGGAAUUGACAUUGUCGUUAAUAAUGCCAGUGCAAUCUCCCUCACACCAACGCUCACAACUGAGAUGAAGAGAUAUGAUCUCAUGAACCAAAUCAACGCUAGGGGAACAUUCCUCGUAUCAAAAGCAUGCCUGCCGCAUUUAUUGAAGAGCAAGAACCCACACAUUAUCAAUCUCAGUCCUCCAUUGAAUUUAAAUCCACAAUGGUUCAAAAAUCAUCUUGCAUAUACAAUGGCAAAGUAUGGAAUGUCAUUCUGUGUUUUGGGCAUGUCGGAGGAAUUUAAAGACGAUGGAGUAGCUGUCAAUGCUCUCUGGCCAAGAACAGCUAUUCAUACCGCAGCUAUUGAGAUGUUGAGUGGAGAGGAGAGUAAGAAUUACAGCAGAAAACCGCAAAUUAUGGCUGAUGCAGCUUAUGCCAUUGUCACUAAGGAUAGCAGAAAUUUUACUGGAAAAUUUUUGAUUGAUGACGAGGUAUUGAAGGAGGAGGGGAUCACCGAUUUCACCCCGUAUGCCUGCAAUCCAGAAUACAAAGAUCAAUUGAUGUUGGACUUUUUCCUGGACAUUGAGGACCCCCAAAAAUACAUCAAACUGCAAUCUGACGAGAAGCCAAGUGGCGAUCGUAAUGUUGAAGUUGUCUUCAAAGCAAUUGAAGCCAACAUAUCUCCAGAGCUCGUAAAAAAAGUCGGCGCUAUCUACCAGUUCAACAUGACAGGGGCACAGAAGGGCACGUGGUUUCUGGAUCUGAAGAAUGGUAAUGGGGGAUUUGGUAAAGGCACCCCAAUCAGUCCAGCUGAUGCCACACUCACUAUGGAGUCGACAAAUUUCUUUGAUAUGUUCACUGGUAAAUUGAAACCAGCUACUGCAUUCCUCAUGGGAAAACUGAAGAUUGAUGGUAAUCUACAGACUGCAAUGAAACUUGAGAAACUCAUGAUCAGUCUCAAGGCUAAACUGUAAUUGGAAAUAUGGUAAAACGUUACAAUGUUUUUUAAAAAUGUUAAAAUGGUUGAAUAUUAUUUUCUACGAUCUAUAAAAUAUUGUUAAAGACCUGCAUCGAAUUUUAUAUUCAUAAUAUUUUGUAUACAAAAUUGAAUCAAUAAAAUUCUAUUUUAUAUUA